AUGACUACCAUGCAAGAAGUUUUCGCCGGCUAUCAGUCUAGACAGGCUGUGCUCGCGUCCAGCAAGAACCCUUUCGCCGGAGGAGUAGCUUGGGUGGAAGGAGAGCUCACCCCACUCCACCAAGCACGUAUUCCAAUCCUGGAUCAAGGCUUCAUGCACAGCGAUCUGACCUACGACGUUCCUUCGGUUUGGGAUGGCCGAUUCUUCCGACUCGAUGAUCACAUCAAUCGUCUCGAUGUCAGCUGCGCCAAGAUGCGACUCAAACUUCCUUUCCCCAAAGAGGAGGUGAAGCGAAUUUUGGUCGACAUGGUCGCUAAGAGCGGCAUUAAGGAUGCCUUCGUCGAAAUUAUUGUCACACGUGGCUUGAAGGGUGUACGUGGCACCGAUCCAAAGGACAUCUCCAACAACAUCUACAUGUUUAUCCAGCCGUAUGUUUGGGUUAUGGAACCUGAGGACCAGCCUGUGGGAGGAACCGCCAUUGUCGCACGUACUGUCCGACGCACACCUCCCGGCUCAAUGGAUCCAACCGUCAAGAAUCUGCAGUGGGGCGAUCUCACUCGCGGCCUCUUUGAAGCGUCUGACCGCGGAGCAACCUACCCUUUUUUGACCGACGGCGACACCAACCUUACAGAGGGAUCGGGUUUCAACAUUGUGCUGGUUAAAGAUGGUGUGCUGUAUACCCCUGCCAGAGGUGUCCUUGAGGGUAUCACUCGCAAGAGUGUGAUUGAUGCGGCCAAGGCAAACGGCCUUGAGAUCAAGGUUGAACUCGUUCCGAUCCAGAUGGCCUACCAUGCCGAUGAGAUCUUCAUGUCGACUACCGCUGGUGGUAUCAUGCCGAUCACCAGCCUGGAUGGCAAACCUGUCAACAAUGGAAAAGUUGGACCUAUUACCAAGAAGAUCUGGGAUACAUAUUGGGCCAUGCAUUAUGAAGAUGCUUACAGCUUUGAGAUCUCCUAUUAG